GUUUAUCAUCAGCGAGGGGAGGGAGAUAGAGAGAUAGAGGGAGGCAAACUCUCCCCCUCUCUCUCAUUUGGCUUAGUGCACCCACAGACACACACACACACACACUCAGAGACUCAGUACAUUAUUCCAUCGUGAGCAGCCUGAGGGACGCAGGAAACAGCCGACUGUAUCCACUGGACCUGAACUACACCACAGGUUGCUGUCCAGAAUGGCGGGGUUGAAGGAGCAGCAGUUCACGGAGGAGAAGCCCCUGCUGCCGGAGCAGCGAGGGGCCGACUCAGACAUGCAGGACAAAGGAGGGGAGGCAUCGGGGGGGUUACCGUGCCCCGCUGCGCCCCCCACCAACCCCCCUCCCCCCAGCCGCUCAGCUCACCGCUGGCAUGUGAUCGCACGCCACUGGCUCCGCACGACCCGCAGUCGGGCCGGCGGGGUCAUCCCGGAGAGCUGUGAACAGCUGAUGCCUCCGGGGGAUUGGAAGGAACAUGAUGUUGAGACUCCUUAUGGGAUGCUGCACGUGGUGAUCCGCGGCGCGCCCAAAGGAAACAAGCCUGCCAUCCUCACCUACCACGAUGUGGGGCUGAACCACAAGCUGUGCUUCAACUCCUUCUUCAACAAUGAGGACAUGCAGGAGAUCACCAAACACUUUGUGGUGUGCCACGUGGACGCACCAGGGCAGCAGAUAGGAGCCUCACAGCUGCCCCCAGGGUACCAGUACCCCACCAUGGACCAGUUGGCCGGGAUGCUGCCCACUGUGGUGCAGCACUUUGGAUUUAAGAGCAUUGUUGGGAUCGGAGUUGGAGCUGGAGCUUACAUUCUGGCCAAGUUUGCUCUGAUCUUCCCUGACAUGGUGGAGGGUUUGGUCCUGCUCAACAUCGACCCCAACGGCAAAGGCUGGAUUGACUGGGCUGCCGGCAAGCUGACAGGUCUGACCAGCGCUCUGCCAGAUACUGUGCUGCCUCACCUCUUCAGCCAGGAGGAGCUGAUGAACAACACAGAGCUGGUGCAGAGCUGCAGGCAGCAGAUCAACAACACCGUCAAUCAGUUCAACCUGCAGCUCUUCUGGAACAUGUACAACAGUCGGAGGGACCUGGAGAUGAAUCGCAGCGGAGUGGUGCUCAACGCCAAGACCCUGAAGUGUCCUGCGAUGCUGGUGGUGGGAGACAACGCUCCGGCGGAGGAGGGCGUGGUGGAGUGCAAUUCCAAACUGGACCCGACCAACACCACCUUCCUGAAGAUGGCUGACUCUGGAGGACUUCCCCAGCUCACACAGCCUGGGAAGCUGACUGAAGCCUUCAAGUACUUCCUGCAGGGAAUGGGCUACAUCGCUUAUGUGAAGGAUCGGAGGUUGAGUGGAGGGCCAGUGCCCUCGGCCAGUAUGACCCGCCUGGCCCGCUCCAGGACCACCUCCCUGACCAGCGCCAGCUCGAUCGACGGGUCCCGCCCCCGCGCCUGCACCCACUCCGACAGCACCGAGGGGGUGGGCCCCGUCACCCACACCAUGGAGGUCUCCUGCUGAGGAGUCACAGAGAGAGAGGGUGGGAGGGUAGAGGGGGGGAGAGAGAAGAAGCAAGAUGGAGAUGAAGACACGACGGUGGGGUUUGAGAAUCAUGAGGGAUGAAGGUGUCUCUGUAGUCAAACAUGGUAGAUGGUAGAAGCAGCAACAGGAAGCCCUCUCUGCAUCUUCAUCCAACCAUAUGUGUUGCUACUAAAACCCCAACCACAACUUUUAAUGUCACUUAAAGAUUUAGGCAACUGUUUUCGUUGUUCUUUGUGUUUUCUAAUGGAUUAUUUGCCUGCACCACCCCCCCCCCCCCCAACCUCCACAAACAAAGGGAUGUAAACGAGUCAAUCCACACAGCAAUAUGUGUUAUAAGCUAUUGUUUAUAAUGUGAAAUGGGGAGUUGUCAGAGAAAGUGAAAGUGCAGGACAAAGAAAGGAAAACAGUGUUAAGCAUCAGUGUUUUACAAGCAGGGUAUUCUUCUGUUGUCGUAUGGAUAAAAAGUAAUCUCUCUCUGUGUUGUUUGUAACAAAUAGUUAUUUUCUUUAUGAAUGCGUGUCAGAGUGUGUGUCCAGAAUUAGACAGACAACAGAACACAGCCUAGCGUAGCCGAGUGCACCUGUAGUGCUUAGAGAGGAUUCUCUUUUAGUCUAAGAUCAUAGCUAGAGUUCACAAUGCAGAUAUUAAAGCUGCACUUGGUAAAAGUUUAUAUCCAAUUUACGCUGAAGAAAAAAAGUGCUUUCAUCAGCAUACUGUACAUGCGAUUCAGGCCACCAGUCAUGAGUUCCCUGAGACCACUUGAGGUGGAUUGGGUUUGUGUUUUCAGAUUUGACUACACAUGCUAAUCUGGGCUCUACAGAUUCUUACAAUUCAAUCAUGUUUUGUUUGAUGAAGAGAUAAAUCUGUCUCCUAAGAAGAAUUUAAAAGUGGUAUUUUCAGAAAACGCUCUGUUCCAUUUGGUCUGAUACUGAACAUAGUAUCACAUAUUUGAAGUUUAAAUAUUUCCUUCGUUUCGGCCCUUUGGAGCCAUAUUAUUGCUGAGUGCAGCUUUAAACUGUGUUUCACAUUUCUAAUCCAAUCCACUAUGUGAGUAUAGGCUAGAACAAAUACUAAUUAGUGUAUGUAUGUCAACGUGAAGGUUUAUCUUAACGCAUUCUAGUUUUUGAGCAGUGUCUAGUGUUAGGGCAUCAUUCAUUAGCAGCGUACAGUAUUAGUUAAAUAGAGCCAUCAUCAGUAUCUAACUCCAUUGCAGCGGUCCUGGCCGUAGUCGGCUCUUUGUGGUCUCUAACGUGACAAUCACACACUGACCCACACCAAACCAGACCAGGGGGGCCGAGGCCGGACCGGGCCCACCCACCCAGCUCGGGUCGCCACCAAAGAACUCGCAGCGCCCAGCCCUCUUAGUGGAUAUACCAAAGCUACCCCGACCCCACCACACACACACUAUCCAACCAGAAACAUAUUCCCAUGCACACACACUCAUAUGACACCUAUGUGGGCUUUGCUUUGUAAGGAACUACGUUAAAGAGUCAAACAUAAUGUCCAUCGCUAUAUGGUUAGAUUGUACUUUGAUGUGAUGUGUAAUCUCCCUCGUAAAGCACAUACAUAUUAGUAUAGUUUUAGAUUAGUCGAGCUGUGCACUGUUAUCUGCUGUAACACUGGACCCCCCUGUCGAUCAGUUUUUUCUGAUCUAUUUUUAUUGUGCUUAGUAAUGUACAGUAUGCAUCCACCACAGUCACAGUCUCCUGUUUCAACUUUUACAAAAGAAACCUUUGGUCCCCUGUCAGGAGGGGCGUAGGUAGCCUGUAAGGGGCGGGGCUAUCUGGAGCCAUUUAGGCACCAAGCUCAGAAUGUAGGGCAACCACCAGCCACCUUCAAAAGAAGAAACCCUUUCCCCUCAAAAACGCGGUGCCCCGGCUCUUACAGGCAGACCCAGUCGCACCCUAAAGGGCUAUCAGCUGAAGUCACUUUUUAAAAUGCUCGGAGUGUUUGUUGUGUGUCGUCUUUUGUUACCUAAACACAGAGAGAGAUUCUGACCUGAAAAAUGGGGAAUGAAUGUGAGAAGAAUGUGAUGUUGAUUAAGCUGAAGAGAUUAUUGUUGAAUCGUUUGAAAUAUCCAUGAAUUUAAUAGUUAAACUAUCCUGACAUUAAAGAAAAAAUUACGAGAAGAUAAACAGUAAGAAAGUCAGAUCAAGCGCCUCACACUGAAAAAACUGAAAUGUUGACUUUAAUUAAAUGUAUUGUGUCAACAGAUUUCAUAUGUCUGUAUUAAGUUAGUUGAACGUAUUAUAUUAAGUUGAACUUAAUUGUUUUAUUUCAACUUAAUAUUAUUGCCUUCAACUAACCUUUCAAUUUUUUCAGCGCAGUUACUAGACGUAUCCAGUCAUGUUUUCUCUCUUUACUAAGCUUUUCUCUGCCAUAUACACUUUGGUUUCCUCCUACACAACCUUUACCCGUACUGCCUGGGGGGCUCCUGAAUGUAUUUUGUCCUUUUUCAAAGUGCUGUACAGUAUUGCCAACCUACGCCUCUCAGAACCGCUCACCAUGUUUUGCAUUCUAUCCCUGCUUUUUUGACAUUUAAACCUGUUUAUGAAAACCCUGGUCUAUGAAUAGUGUGGAAGCUCCUGUCAGCUGGCCGUUUGAUCAGACCUUAGUUCUCCUGGCACUUGUAGAUACUUUUAUUUAUAGAGCAGGUUACCCGAACACUUUAACACUUCUGUAAUGUGAAGAAAACGUUUGUCUGUUCUUCUUUCCUUGGAGUUCCUUCUUUUUUAUAGGCAACCAUAGGAUGUUACUUCAUCUUGGUAUUAUGAUAUUGUGUUCUUCUAAUAUACUUCUUCAUUAUACUGCCAUUAUGGUUGAUUUAUAUUAAGCAAUACAUUUUAUUUUGUUGGUUGUUUCAUAUUGUGGGAGUCUUCCCUCUCGGUUAUUCUAUUCAUACCAGUACAUUGACUCUUACCUACUUUGCUGUCAUUCAGAUGUGUAAUGUAAGGUUUAAAAUAUGUUAUAUACAAAUAAAUAUAAAAAGUAAGCUGUCUCUGUCCAUGUACUGAUAAAGUAACAAGUAAGAAAUAAAGACUUUACGUCUAGAA